UCAGGGGACGAUGAUUUGUCUCCGGCUGCGUCCGUGCCUCCAGCCUGGGACUCAGGUUUGCGGGUCUCACCUCCGACUGGUCCAUAAAUUUGCUUCUCUUCAAAAAGCCACAACACUUCCUGCAAAGAAAGUCCAAAGCUUACUUUACCCCUUUAGUGGUCUGGAGGCUUACCUGGACAGGUCUGUGGACAGGACACCGUUCCAGCUCUUUCAUCCCAGUCUGGAGGACAUGCUCAAAGCAGAAAGCCUUUUUCAUUCUUCAGCGUCUCAUAAGGUCGAUUACUACGUCUCUGCAGAGAGGAUGGACCACGUUCCUGCGCUGAGGCAGCCCGAGGUGUGUUUCAUUGGUAGAAGCAACGUGGGGAAGUCGUCUCUCAUCAAAGGUCUUUUCGCCCUGACACCUGAGGUCGAGGUCCGAGUCUCCAAAACUCCUGGUCACACUAAGAAGAUGAACUUUUUCAGAGUGGGCAAAGCGUUCACCCUCGUGGACAUGCCGGGCUACGGACACAGAGCACCCGAAGACUUUGUGGACAUGGUGGAGCCGUACCUUUACAGCCGGACAAACCUGAUGAGGACCUUCCUGUUGGUCGAUGGCAGCGUUGGUCUUCAGGGGGCUGACCUGAUCGCUCUGGAGAUGUGCGAAGAAAUCAGACGACCGUAUGUGAUCGUAGUGACAAAGAUUGACAAAUGUACCCGUGGAACGCUGCUGACGAACUUGAUGAACCUGCAGGAUGUGGUUAAGAGUCAGACCAGCAGCUGCUUCCCACAGCCUUUCCUCGUCAGCGCCCUCAACUUCUGGGGGAUCUACCUCCUGAGAUGCUUCAUCGCCCAUGUGACAGGGAGCCUCAAGUUAGCGGACACGUGUCAAAGCUGACGUCACGCCCGACGAGCUGACUUAGUAUUUAUGAUCCUCAUGACCAUUACCAUGGUAACAUGUUACAGAGCACAAACAGGACACACAAUAAUAACAAAACAAAAGCAGUAACACUCGGCAUGGUCAAAAUACAACAGAAGUAUAAAAUCCUCAUACAUGUACAUUUUUGUGUUGAAGAAUGAUCUUCUAACGCUGCUUCAGAUGAUUUAAUUUUUGAGUAAAAUGUAAAACACA